CCUGGCCGAUUGCACUUCCGUGCUGAGGCGCGAGGGUGACUCCACUGACCACCAGGUAGAGCGUUCGCACGCGUAUUAGCAAACAUCCGCACGCUUGUAAAAGCAGCCCUAAUCCAAGUCAUUUGGUACAUUUGCACAAUGGAACGUAGCUAAUGGCAGAACCCACCGUGUGUAGCCUUCUAUUUGGCUUUGGUCUUAUAAUCAUGCAACUUUAUAAUCAUGCACCUUUAGUUUGUUCAUAAUUUCGUUUUUAUAGCGUUUCCCUGAUCGUAUUUCCAUGCAUCCCUCGUGGAUGGAAUUACCAUAAUGUAAGAAGUCAGUCUAUUGAAUUGAGAUCAUUGUUGAACAAACACUCAAUUUACAGCAGUUUCCUUGAAGCAUCGGACCAUGUGUGUAGUCAUUGUCAUAGUGACAGCCAGUUUGUGUUUUGGCUUUUAACUGUGAAAUGGAGUGGAACAAGGGAAUCUCAUCCCCAUUGUUCAACCUACCACGAGGCCAUUUGGGUCGCAGUCUCACGAACACGGCUGUACUUACUAUUAUGCGAUAAUCUGUUGGUUUCGGGGUAGCUCAGUUGAAUAGAAGUGCGCGCUAUGGGCGUUGGUUAAUAUUUCACCCGUUUUCACGACAGAGUGUGCAGGAAUGCGGUUGGCUCGUGCGUUAGACCUAUGGGAUGACAGGCACACAUCCAGGUCCGCUGCUGACGCUGCUGCUAAAACACGCGAGCCGUCGGUUAAGGUUCAUUGUCAUGCACGAGACUGAUGAAACAAACCCUCAUUCUGCUUCGAGUAUUCUGUAGGAUUUAGGGGUGAAAGUCAGCAUGGCUGUAGAAACCUGUCGCUAUGCUCAGUUUCCAUACUGGGGCUCUGAAUUUCAGAUGCACGUGUCGGGGUUUGAGAUCCAGGACUUCGUGGAUUCGACUGUCGGCUUCAUCCCGGAAUCCCCCUCUCUGCUGGACUGCAGUGCCUGCUCCAGCGGCAGCCUUCCGCUCUCCGACUGCAGUUUGUCUGAGUUCUCAGGAUGCUCUGUUCUCCCCGUCUCCUCUCUCCUGGACACGCCUCCCCGGGAGAGCCUGUCACCUGCCCCCCCAGUACCCCCCCAGGCCCAGACCCAGGCCCCGCCCCCGGACUCGCCUCAGGACCAGCUCUUCUGGAGCAAUCUGGCUGAGCACCACCAGAAGGCUUUAGGAGAUGCCCUGGAUGCCAACAACCAGCUUUGCCUCACACUCAACAAAAAGCAGGAGGAAACCAGGGUUCUACAGCAGCAGAACCUGCACCUGAAAGAGCUGGCCAAUCAGGCCAAGCACCUGGCCUCUGUCCUCAGUAGGCUGAUCGGACCCAGCGGAACCCCCCCACCCCCCGGGGCGCCCCCCGCGCUGCACAGCCCCACCAAGAGACGCAGGCUGGAGGGGCGGUCGGAGGCGGGCUCUGGGACAGAGGCAGGGGCGGAGGGCGACGGCGAGGGCGUGCCCGCGGGCGAGGAGGUGCGGCAGAUCCUGCGGGACGUUUCGGAGCGAUGCCGGGCCGUCCUGCAGGAGCGGGCCGGGGGCGGGCUGCCGAGGCCCAGGAUGCACGGGGCCUUCCAGGGCCUGCUCACCUCCACCCCUCAGGGCCGCCAGCGCCGGCGAGCAGACGAGGAGGAGGAGGAGGGGGAGGAGGAAGAGGAGAGCACCGCCUUCAGGACCUCCAUCAGGGACCACUGCACCAUCCGGACGCUGGCCUUCCCCCAGGGGCACGCCUUCACCUCCCGAACCACACAGGGGGGCUGCCGCUUCCGCUGGAUUCCCAGCUAGAGCGGACUGAGCUACCUCCACCCCGCCCCCCCCCCCCCCCC